AUGGUUACUACACGCUCCCAAUCAAAGGCUGCUGCUGCAGCUCUUGUCUCACCUACUCCCAGUUCACCAACCACUCCCGCCAAGCCUGUCAAGCCAGAAUCGCAUUCGCCCUUGCAGAGUCUGGAACCACCUAGUCCUCGGCUAUGCAAGAGGAAGCGUACUAGGGCUUCUUCCGACGGUCCGAAACCGCAGAAGCUCCGAAGAAAAGACUCAACGCCACUUGCUUCUCCUCGUCCUCAAGCUCCGGAUUGGUUACCCGAGUUGAUAGCUGAGCCAGACCCUGACCUUCCUUCUCCUCCUCAAACCCCCGCUGGCUCAGACAUUGAAACUGACGGAGAAGACGAGUCCUCAGACAUAGAAGACCCUACUUCCGAUCCGAAGUUGUUCGCACAGAACUUCGAAGCGAAGGAUUGGUCACUUGUUAGUGGACGUGCAAGCCUCGAAUUCUUCCAGGCCUUUCCUCACGACAAACACUCAACCCUUUGCGUCCGCCACCUCCUCUUACUUGCAGAAGAGUGGUACUGGAGACGCAAGCCCACUGUCAACGCCCAGCUUAACUUGAUGCUGCAGGAUGGCGUGAGAUCCAAGCCCGACUUUUCAGAUUUGGCUCUGCCCAUCUGUGAAGACACAUGGACUAUCAAGGGCGUUGAGAGCUUCAAAGAAGAGCUGGCUGAAAAGAUUACUGCGGCAGCUAAUGCAGCUGACAGGGAGUACUGUCGAUUAACACUUCUUACCAGACAUCCUCCCGUUUGCGAGAUUUUCGAUACAAGAGCUCAUGUUCGGUGUGCAUGUUUUUUGGACGGUAUGAUCCAGCGCAAGAAUGAUGAAGUCGUCAGAAUUCUCCGAUGUGGUCACGAAACACCCAUCAUGAUUCUGGGAACUGGUGAGGAGGAUUCUUACACGGAAUGUGAAGAGUGCGGCCACCAGCAAGAAGCCGAGCUGGGAUUCUUUAGUCCAUUGAAACAUGCGAUCAAGAUACCAGGAGCACGUAUUCCUGUCGAAGUUGCUCCCUCGGAAUCCAUGGGGCUGAACAGCAAAUUCAUGCAUGUGGAUGUUGGGGGUAUUCACAUUGUAGUCGAUCAUUGUACAGGCCAGCCUCUAAUCAGGUUUAGGUCAACUCGAUUCUCUCAGGCCCACGAACAAGAACUGUACGAUUACCAUGACCAAGGUGCCAUCAGGAUACUUAACAACCCCGAGCUGGGUUCCCAUGAUGGCGGCAAUGCUAUCAUGGAGGGGCUGUACUGGAGACAAGGAGCUUUCAACCCAACGACUUCAUGUACUGGUUCCUUUGAGAACUGUGCUUGUCACUAA